CUUGGAAUACAAUAGAGAUCAAGCUCACUUACUGCAGAAAGAAAAAAUUGCCUAGAGCAAGUUCAAAAGAACAGCUAGAGUCACUGGAGAACAUGUGAAAUCAGAAGAAAUGCAAAUUGUACAUCAGCCCUCUCCUACUGGAAGAAGAUAUAAUGGUAGGAAGUCACCUGGAGCUGUCUCACAUCUGAAUGGUUGCUUUAAGGAGCCCAGCUCACAUUCCUGUGUAAAAGGGACACCUUUGCCCAUUUCAUAUAGUUCAGAAGACACUUUCCUCUCACAUAACUGCAGGAAAGACACUUGCAGCUUUGCACCCUGCAAGAACAAAGAAGAAACAGAGGUAGAAGAGGAGCUUUCUGAUGGACACCGAAUCCUCACUUUCUACAAUGGUACUAAAAAGGAUAUUGAUGCUGAUGAAAGGAUGACAACGAUCAGCCUUUCCAAUGGAAAUGUAAAGAAGAUCAUGCCAGAUCAGAGGGUGAUUUAUUAUUAUGCAGAUGCACAGACAACUCAUACUGCUUAUCCAGAUGGCCUGGAGGUGUUGCAAUUCCCUAAUAAUCAGAUAGAAAAACAUUAUCCUGAUGGCACACCAGAAAUUGUGUUCCCAGAUCACAUAGAGAAAUGACUCUACAGUGAUGGACUGAAGGAAACUUUUUUCCCAGAUGGCACAGUAGUAAAAGUAGAAAAGAAAGUCCUGUGUAAGUAACACGGACCA